CAGGGCAACCCUAAUUAAUGUAUGUACAUCAAAAUCUCAAAAUCUCGUCGUCGAUGCUUACUUUCACUGUUGUCCUUCAUGUUCCGAAGGUCUUGUCCCAUCUACAUCCGCCUCGCGCAAUUCCAUGGCGACCAGGACUGGAAAAGAUUGUUUGCAUUUUGGGAGGUGAAAUAUGCAAACACAGCGCACAGGCCAGUGUACAAGGAAGAAUUGAAGCCUGUACGAGAGGCAAAGGCACUUCUUGUAAAUCGAAGCUUGGAAUUUGACCUUGUCGAAGCACUACCAGCAGCACUCCCACAGCCGACAUCCGCGCACACGGACGAGGGGAAUUCGACCUUACCUGACUCGCGUCCUCUCUUCAUGAGGCUCGGAAUGAAGUAUUCGAUGAUUAUGGCUGAAUAAUUUAUAUGGUUCAUUCUUGGGUGCUGGCGCGUUCAGCUUUUUUCCACUUGACCACUACAAGAUAAUUCCCAGGGCACGCUGGCAUGUACCCACCCAAGCGGUGGCAUCGUUUACAACAAGCCGUGCGUCGAGUAGCAUUUGUGAAUGCGGCCAACGAACAAAUGCGAGCGGUAAAUCCAAACUCCGUAACGAUUCUUUCACCAACUUCAAGCCGGGCACAUAACGCCGUUAAAGUAACACGCGCAUCACUGUCGACAACUUCUACAUCUUGAUGCUAUGGCUACAUAUAAAGUCUUUCGUCCACUUUGAUUAUGUUGUAUAGUCCCACCUUUGCGAUCAAAGGUCAACAUGAU